ACCCGAAGAGAGCCGGAGGGGGCUUCCCUUCCCUCUUCUCCGCCCACUGGGCAGCCUCCCCCUCCCCCUUUUGCAAGAAGCCCCUUUGCUUGUCUGCCCCUCUUCCCCCAGGACAGGAAAGGGGGGGGCUGGGGUGGCCUUAAGCGGAGGAGGUUUCCCAGCCUGCUCCCUGCAGGAGGGGGAGAGGCUAAGAAAGGAAAAGCCUUCCCCCCCCCCCCCCCCCCCGAAAGGGCAACUUCCCCUCCAGGCUCUGCAAAGGGGGCUGAAGAGCCCAUGGAGGCCUCAGGGGAGGAGACCCUGGAAGGGCAGCUGGGCCAGGAGGCCACCUGCCCACUGUGCCUGCACUUCUUCGAGCAGCCGAUGGUCCUGUCCUGCGGGCACAACUUGUGCCACCGCUGCCUGGCCAAGCUGGGCCCUGAGCCUUCCUGCCCACAGUGCAGAGCCAAGGUGGAGCCCAGCAGCGCCUGCCCCAACCGGGCCCUGGCCAACGUGGUUCGCCUGGUGAAGAGGCGUCGGCUGUCGGAGGGAGCCCAGGAGGAGAGCAGCGGCCAACUGCUGUGCCAGGAACACGGGCGGCCCCUGCAGAGCUUCUGCUCCCACGAGAAGAGCCUCCUCUGCCCCGACUGCCUGGAGGGGCACCAGGGCCACCCCCUCCGGUCUCUGCCUGAGGCUGCAAAGGGGUACAAGGAUAUGCUAAAUGGCCUCCUGGAGCCCUUGAGGAAGGAGGAGCAGAAGUUUCUGGAGCAGAGGCAGGCCGAGGAGCAGAGCUGGCAGAAGUGUCAGGAGCUUCUUGCCACCGAGAAGCAGAAGUUGGGCCUGGCACUGGAGUCCCUGCAGGAGCUGAUCUGGGAGAGGAAGCUGGUCUGCCUGGCUAAUCAGGAGGAGAAGAUGGAGGCCGAGCGGGCGGUGGCCCUGGCCAAGCUCUCAGGGGAGGCCUUCCGCCUGCAGCAGCUGAUGGCCCAGACGGAGAGGAAGUGCCGCCAGCCGGAUGGGGAAUUCUUGCAGGACAUCCAGGACACCGUAGACAGGUGCCGGAGUUACGUGGUGGGGCGCGUAGAGAGCAUCUCUCCCAGGCUGCAAGGCAGACUCCGCACCAUCUUGGAGAAAAGCGCUUCUAUAAGGCAGAUUGUGGACAAUUACAAAGCCUCUCUGCAGUCGACUCUGACCAGGGAGAACCUGGAGCGACCUCUGACCACAGCACUUGCUGCAGCAAAGCCAAGAUAUCAUCAAGCCUUCAUCACGCCGAACGGCUCGACCGCCCACCCCCGACUCCUGUGCCAGCGCUCCACUGUGACUUGGGCCGACAGAUACCAGAAUUACCCAGAUGCGCCAGAGAGGUUCGACCAGGAAUUCUGUGUCCUGGGCUGUGUAGGAUUCAACACAGGAUGGCACUGGUGGGAGGUGUCCGUGCUGGAGGUGGACGACAAUGCCCCAGUGCGGGGCAAAGCAUGCUGGGCCAUCGGGGUGGCCAAGGAGUCCGUCCGCAGGAAGGGGAGGUUCCAGCUGAGCCCUCGGGAAGGAAUCUGGGCCAUAGGGAAGAGUGUUAGGGGGGAGAUUGUCGCUUUCAACAUGGAUCUGCAGAAGCUGAGCUUGAAAAAGCCGUUGCAGAGGCUGCGGGUGAGGCUGGACUGGGAGGCAAAAAAAGUGGAGUUCCUGGAUGCGGAGACGGAGGAUUCCCUCUACACCUUCCAGAUGGGGCCCCUCCUGGGGGAGACUCUCCGGCCUUUUUUCUAUCUGGGCCAGGAGUGGGUCACCCUUCAAUGUUAGGAAUUUCCACUUCCUAUAAAAGAUCUUUGGGACUGAUAGUCCUCAACUUACAACAGUUCACGUACUGACCAGACUUGAGGAGCUCAGCCCCACCUCCUCACGCCUUCAAGGCCACAUCUGGCAAGAGGACCAGAUGCGGUAUCCCCUCCCCGCACCAUGCCCAACCUCCUUAUCCUUUUGCCAUGCUCAGUCCAGGCUGGUUGGGGGCUGCCAAGAGUUUCGUGGCUCCGACUGACCGAGAGGUGGUGGGGCUGUGACGCAGUGAUGCCUCCUGGCGCCUCUGAGCCCCGUUGGUCCCUUGUUUGGUUAAGACCCUCCAUGCCAGGUGCUGCACCCUUGUUGUGCGUUAACAUGACGUUUCUCAACCUGGGCACCUGGGAGAUGUGCGGACUUCAACUCCCAGCAUUCCCAGCUAGCAGAGCUACCUGGGGAAUUCAGGUGUUGAAUUCAGGAAUUCAAGUCCCUGCAUCCUCCAGGUGCUGCCAAGGUUGGGCAUCCCUGCCUGACUCUGUGGCUGUCAGUUUAGAUGAGAGAGAGACGGUUAAAGAGC